CUCUGUAUACAUAAUUCUUACGCCAUUUUCAUACGGUACUGACAACAUCAAAAACAAUUUCCUCUCGCUAUUUCUUUUCUUCCUAAAACGUGCGUUGUAACAAGUAAAGAUGACUGCUACGACUACGAAAAAACCUGAGGCUAAAAAGCUUCCCGCGGUACCAGAAUCAAAGCUAAAAUUCAGUAAGAAGCAAAUCGGUAAACGGGCUGAAGAAACGAAGAGAAAAUUGAAGCGUGCUGCUGUGAUAGCUUUGCGUAGACGUGAAAAUUUGGUACGUGCAGAGAAAUAUCAAAAUGAAUACAUUAAGGCCGAAAGACGAGAAAUAAAGUUGAGACGUUUAGCCAAAGCUCGUGGCCAGUACUACGUACCGGGUGAAGCUAGAUUAGCAUUUGUUAUACGUAUACGUGGUAUUAAUAAAGUUGCGCCUAAAGUACGCAAAGUCUUGCAAUUGUUCCGUUUACGUCAGAUUAAUAAUGGAGUUUUUAUUAAAUUGAACAAGGCCACAAUCAAUAUGUUACGCAUCGCAGAGCCGUACAUUACCUGGGGUUAUCCAAACUUAAAGAGUGUGCGAGAAUUGAUUUAUAAGCGUGGUUUUGUGAAACAUAACCGUCAACGCAUUCCUAUUACUGACAACUUCGUAAUUGAGCGUAAGAUGCGCAAAGCCUACAAUAUUCAAUGCGUUGAGGACAUGGUACAUGAAAUAUUUACUGUCGGCCCGAAUUUCAAAUAUGCUGCCAACUUUUUGUGGCCGUUUAAACUAAACACGCCCACAGGCGGCUGGCGUAAGAAGGCUAAUCAUUACGUAGAUGGUGGGGAUUUCGGAAAUCGUGAGCAUAAGAUAAAUUCUCUCUUGCGUAAGAUGGUGUAAACUGUGCUUAUGAAAUAAACAUAACAAGGAAAGUUUCAAAAUAAAAAUUUUUUUUUUAUAUACCA